CUUCUGAUUUCUCAACUUUCUUUGUUCUUUGACCAGAUAAUUCCAAACAAUCAUUUUCUGGGGAACUUUUCCAUCCUCUUGCACAUUGCUGCAAAAACAAAAAUCAAAGUGUUGAAUGUUUCCGAGCUCUUCAGGCCAUACUGUUCUCCCUUCAUUUCAAUCAUCGGUGUCUCUCUCUCUAGCUUGGGUUUUGAUCCGUUCUUGGGGACAUUGCACUGUCCGUUCAUCUGAGGAUCUAUUCCUGACCCGGCGUCUGUUCUCUCCUGGUGAAACAUGAAUAUCUAUGUAGGUGGACAAUUUAAACGAAAGCAUUAAAAACCGAGGCCUGUUGAUUCUUUCACCUUCAGAUUUACAGGGGGUUUUCCUAUUUAUGUACUGUAAGAGAAAAAGUUAAGCAUGGCUUAUCGACUUACCACGAGGGCUCAAUCAGUGUCCUCUUCACAAUCUUCUCUAGCUCAGAAAUUAACAGAUGAUCCUGUAACGCAGAAAACUGCUCAGAGUUCGGUCACAUGCGUCUAUCAGACUCACAUUGGGGGUUACUGGAGAAACGUAACCAUUUUAUGGAGCAAAAACCUAAUGAACCAUAUUUUGAACAUCUCUGUUGAUUGUGUAGAAACUGAUGAUCAUCAUACCUGCAAAAUUGACCUAAAGCCUUGGCACUUUUGGGCGAAAAAAGGGGACAAGACAUUUGAGGUGGAUGGAAACCAAGUGGAGGUCUAUUGGGAUCUCAGGUCAGCAAAAUUUUCUGGAAGUCCUGAGCCAAGUACAGAUUUCUAUGUUGCUCUAGUUUCUGAUGAAGAGGUGGUGUUAUUGGUGGGGGAUUACAAGAAAAAAGCUUAUAAGAGAACUAAAUCGAGACCUGCCCUCGUUGAUGCUGUAUUGUUCUACAAAAAGGAACAUGUAUUUGGCAAGAAAUGUUUCUCUACAAGAGCCAAGUUUGAUCACAAGAAGAAAGAACAUGAAAUUGUUGUGGAGAGUUCAACCUCUGGUCCUAGAGAUCCUGAAAUGUGGAUUAGCAUAGAUGGCAUUGUUUUAAUCCACAUCCGGAACUUGCAAUGGAAAUUCAGGGGUAAUCAGACCGUCUUAGUUGACAAGCAAGCGGUGCAGGUUUUCUGGGAUGUGCAUGCUUGGCUGUUUUGUGACCCUGGCUCAAGCCAUGGCUUGUUUAUCUUCAAGCCGGGGGCGCCAGAAUCGGACACAGACAACGAGGACAGUAGCCAUGGUGGUGAUAGUGAUGGCAGCGAGAGCCGGUAUUAUUCAACUCGAAGCCAUUCAAAAGCCUCACAAUUCUGCCUUUUUCUGUAUGCAUGGAAGAUCGAGUGAGAUGGUCCAGACUCCAGAGCAUGAAACUGCCAGAUAUGCACAGGUAUUUCAAUGAAUUGGGUUGGGAAAACGUCCAUGGGAUCAUUGGGACAAGAUUAUUCGGGUUAGAACCCGAGUAAUGACCAAAGCCUCGAGGAGAUGAAGAACUAGAUUUGGCUUUAAGUUUAUACUGCCAGU